GACGCGCGCGGGAGGCUGCGCUGCGGCGCCCGCCGGGACCCGCCGCACUCUGCACUCGGCCGCCCGGGCUGCGGGGACCCGACGGGCACGGACGUGGGGUCUAGGGGCCGGGAGCUGAGUCCCGGCCGGGGCCGGAGUCAGAGCCGGAGCCGGAGCCGGCGCAGCGCAGGGAGGCGCGAGGGCAGUGCGCGGAGAUGGCGGCCUCGGCAGCGGCGGCGGGAGAAGGCAUGGAGCCGCGGGCGCUGCAGUACGAGCAGACCCUGAUGUAUGGCCGUUACACUCAGGAACUCGGGGCUUUUGCCAAAGAGGAAGCUGCUCGGAUUCGCCUGGGAGGGCCUGAGCCCUGGAAGGGGCCUCCUUCCCCCCGGGUACCCCCAGAGCUCCUGGAAUAUGGACAGAGUCGUUGCGCUCCGUGCUGCAUCUGUUCUGUGCGCUGCCACAAAUUCCUAGUGUCCAGAGUUGGUGAAGAUUGGAUCUUCCUGGUCCUUCUGGGGCUCCUUAUGGCGUUGGUCAGCUGGGCCAUGGACUAUGCCAUUGCUGUCUGCCUGCAGGCUCAGCAGUGGAUGUCUCAGGGCUUGAACACCAAUAUCUUACUCCAGUACCUGGCCUGGGUCACCUACCCUGUGGUCCUUAUCACUUUCUCAGCUGGAUUCACACAGAUCCUGGCCCCUCAGGCUGUGGGGUCUGGCAUCCCCGAAAUGAAGACCAUCUUGCGGGGAGUGGUGCUAAAAGAAUACCUCACCCUCAAGACCUUUGUGGCUAAGGUCAUCGGGUUGACCUGUGCCCUGGGCAGCGGUAUGCCCCUGGGCAAAGAGGGCCCUUUUGUGCAUAUUGCAAGCAUGUGUGCCUCCCUCCUGAGCAAGUUCCUCUCCCUCUUUGGGGGGAUCUAUGAGAAUGAAUCUCGGAACACAGAGAUGCUGGCCGCCGCCUGCGCUGUAGGAGUGGGCUGCUGCUUCGCGGCGCCCAUCGGAGGAGUCCUGUUCAGCAUUGAGGUCACCUCCACUUUCUUCGCUGUGCGGAACUACUGGCGGGGCUUUUUCGCAGCCACUUUCAGUGCCUUCAUAUUCCGGGUCCUGGCGGUCUGGAACCGGGACGAAGAAACCAUCACUGCUCUUUUCAAAACCCGCUUCCGGCUGGACUUCCCCUUUGACCUCCAGGAGCUGCCAGCCUUCGCUGUCAUUGGUAUUGCUAGUGGCUUCGGGGGAGCCCUGUUUGUCUACCUGAACCGGAAGAUUGUGCAGGUGAUGCGGAAGCAGAAAACCAUCAAUCGCUUCCUCAUGAGGAAACGCCUGCUCUUCCCGGCGCUGGUGACCCUGCUGAUCUCCACUCUGACCUUCCCCCCUGGCUUCGGACAGUUCAUGGCAGGCCAGCUCUCACAGAAAGAGACACUGGUUACCCUGUUUGACAACCGGACAUGGGUCCACCAGGGUCUGGUGGAGGAACAAGAACCACCCAGCACCUCACAAGCCUGGAACCCGCCGCGUGCCAACGUCUUCCUCACAUUGGUCAUCUUCAUCCUCAUGAAGUUCUGGAUGUCUGCCCUGGCUACCACCAUCCCGGUGCCCUGUGGGGCCUUCAUGCCUGUCUUUGUCAUUGGAGCAGCAUUUGGGCGCCUGGUGGGCGAAAGCAUGGCCGCCUGGUUCCCAGAUGGGAUUCACACGGAUGGUAGUACUUAUCGGAUUGUGCCUGGGGGCUAUGCAGUGGUUGGGGCGGCCGCACUGGCCGGAGCAGUGACACACACCGUAUCCACGGCCGUGAUUGUGUUCGAGCUCACCGGCCAGAUCGCCCACAUCCUGCCUGUCAUGAUCGCAGUCAUCCUGGCCAACGCCGUCGCCCAGAGCCUGCAGCCCUCACUCUACGACAGCAUCAUCCGGAUCAAGAAACUGCCCUACCUGCCUGAGCUGGGCUGGGGCCGCCACCAGCAGUACCGGGUGCGAGUAGAAGACAUCAUGGUUCGAGACGUUCCCUAUGUAGCCCUCAACUGCACCUUCCGGGACCUGCGGUUGGCACUGCACAGGACCAAGGGCCGGAUGCUGGCUCUAGUGGAGUCCUCUGAGUCCAUGAUCCUGCUGGGCUCCAUUGAGCGCUCACAGGUGGUGACGUUGCUGGGGGCCCAGUUGAGCGCAGCCCGCCGGCGGCAGCACAUGCAGGAGCGCAGAAAGGCCCAGAUGUCACCACCAUCAGAUCAGGAUGGUCUCCCCAGCCCCGAGAGCUCCGUCCACUUCCAGGUGAACACAGAAGACUCGGCCUUCAUCCCAGCCCGUGGAGAGACACACAAACCCCUAAAGCCUGCUCUCAAGAGGGGGCCCAGCAAUGCCAGCAAGGUUGGGGAGACUUCCACAGGCAGCAUGGAGUCAGCAGGCAUCGCCCUCAGGAGCCUCUUCUGUGGCAGCCCACCUCCCGAGGCUACUUCUGAUUUGGAGAAGCCAGAAUCCUGUGAAAAGCGCAAGCUGAAGCGAGUCCGAAUCUCCCUGGCGAACGAUGCAGACCUGGAAGGCGAGAUGAGCCCUGAGGAGGUUAAGUUGCUGCUGGACUCUGGACCUGGUUCCUUCCGGGUGUUUGCAACCACCCUCCAGGCUGAUGGGAGGGACUGUGGGAUCCUGGAGUGGGAGGAGCAGCAGCUGAAUGAACCUGUCAACUUCAGUGACUGUAAGAUCGAUCCAGCCCCCUUCCAGCUGGUGGAGCGGACCUCCCUGCACAAGACUCACACCAUCUUCUCACUCCUGGGAGUGGACCAUGCUUACGUCACCAGUAUUGGCAGGCUCAUUGGAAUCGUUACCCUCAAGGAGCUCCGGAAGGCUAUCGAGGGCUCCGUCACAGCCCAGGGCGUGAAAGUCCGGCCGCCCCUCGCCAGCUUCCGAGACAGUGCCACCAGCAGCAGUGACACGGAGACCACAGAGGUGCAUGCACUCUGGGGACCGCACUCCUGCCAUGGGCUCCCCAGAGAUGGCAGCCCUUCUGACAGUGAUGACAAGUGCCAGUGAACCUCUCGAUGGCUUUCCUACUGCAUUGAGAGAGCAGGAAGCAGCCAGAGGCCAGAGCCCAAGCCCUCCAUCCAGACGUGGGUGCUGGCUGCCCCCAGUCUAUCCUGCCUGGAGCCCAACCCAGCAGCUCUCCAGGCCCUGGGCAAGACACAGGCAGGGUCAAGUAGCUCCUGUUUCCCCUUUGAGGGGAAAAGAAACAGAACUAAGAUGGAUUUUAUACUGGAACCUCCAAUGACCAGAUGUAUAUAGAGAUUUACAAAGAUUUUUAUAUUAAUUUAAUAAAACAAAUUCUUAAAUAGAACAAAAUAAACACCUAAUGAGCCA